AUGCAUCGUUCGAAAGAAGAAUUCAAAACCUUCCUAGAAGCUGUACGUGAUGAGGCCUCUUGGGCACGGUCCCUUGGGGCAAAAGAAUUGCAGCAAACCGACCAUUUGCGGGGAUUGGAAAUGAUGCUGGACAAUGACGCCGUCAUGGAACGAAAUAAGCACAAGUUCCUCGGUCAGCUAGCCGUUUUCAUGGAGCAAGAUCGGCAGUUUCUCGAAGACGGUUCCAUUACUCCCAAGGAUUUCGAUUCCAUGGCACAACGCUACGGUGAAAUCACCAAGCGCAGCAAAGAGCUUGCACGCAAACGAGCCAUCUUGUACCAAGAGAUGGAAAAGCGUGAAACCAAGGUGGACACACGAGUCCCUAUGCCUACCGUCGCUUUGGCACCAAGGCCACGACGCUCGAUGGGCCCGUCGGCUGCCUAA